AUUGCUUAUUCCGUACACGUACACGUAUAAUAAUUUCAAUACAAUUACCGUAUGAGAUUGCGUCAACUAGUCUACGAGACAACCUCGAAAUUUCUGUGAUUACUUGACUUCAUCGAACUUGGUGAAAUAAGCGACGACCAGAAUAGCAUAAAAUGCCGAUCGACACCCGCGAACUGAUGGAGGCAGUCGGAAUGCUGACGGACCAAAGGAACGUACGGGUCACUAUUAAAAGCAGUGCUAAAGGUGCCAUGGUGUGCGGUACAACCUGUUUCAUAGGAGGACUGCUGGGUGGACCGGUUGGGCUGGCUGUAGGCGGAACGAUUGGGGCCAUAGGUGCUGGCAUGAUGAGCAAGGGUAAAUUCCGAUCAGUCAACGAAAUCAUUAUGCAAGAAAUGAGCGACCGGGAAAGAGAACAGCUCAAAGAACGCAUCUUGAAAGCGUUAUCUCAGUUCCAUCCAACCGACAUGGCAGUGUUGUUGCCUCUGAUAAUGGGCAAUGCUGCCGCACAGCAGGCUAUUCUAAGUACCGUAAUAUCGUUUGUGACGAACGAAAUGAAGAUGCAAAUCGUAGACUGAUCGAAUCGUAGAAUAGGACAAUUGUUGGCUUUACAGGGGAUACGGUGCUUUUUAUUUAUUCAAAAGCUAUUCUGUUGUCAAAAAAAAACCAAAUGACAUCUCACACACGUAGUACAAGGGGAGAUAACGAAUCAAUUUGUAGAACAACUGGUACGUGGAACUUUAUAUUGAAAUGAAAAUAUAAAUUUUGAACGAAAA